AUGGUGGUGUGGGGCGAGUGGCUGCAAGUGCCCUUUGAGCGCGCUGCUGCUCACGGAGAGGUUCACGUGGCCACGGUGCUGCUCAAGGCAGGGGCCAAAGGAAACGGAGUGGCCUCGGCUGCUCGGAAUGGCCAUCGACGUGUCAUCAGUGAGUUGCUUCAGCACGGGGCGUCUGUUGCUUCGAAGGACCGUCGCGUCGUGCGAACGCUGCUAAUCGAAGGGGCCGAUCCUGAUUCGUUUGACAGCAAUGGAAGAACGCCACUGUACCUGGCAUGUCUCCUCGGUAAGGUGGCGGUGGCGAGAGCGCUCUUGGCCGCUGGGGCACAUGUAUCUCGGGUUGUCAAGGAGCCCAAAGACGCCCCGUUGGACGCCGCAGCGACCGAAGGUCAUGCAGAAGUGAUGAGGCUGCUAGUCGAGCGUGGGGCGGUGGAGCCAGCUGUGGAUGCCCUUGCAGGGGCCGACAUGUCCGCUGUGGCCUACCUGUGCGUAGAGCGUGACAGCUUCGCCGCACUGGAUAUCGCCUCCCUCUAUGGCAAUGCGUCCAUGAUGAAAACGCUGCUCAAACAUGGAGCUGAUCCCAAUACGAGAAGUUGGCGCAACCUAACGGCUCUGCAAAAGGCUGCCGAGGGAAACGAGGCGGAAGCGAUCGACGUGCUGAUUAAAAGCCGGCGCCGUCAUUUCCGGGCCGGCUGACGUCGACAGCCCUGUCCACUCGGCGGUGGAUGGGUGCGCGGCGGACGCACUAAAGGCUUUCGCGCGUCACGGCGCAGACCUUGACUGGCACGAAGAGGUCGGCGGAACCCCGCUCUUUCGGGCAGUACAAUGGCGGCAUUCAGAAGCCGUGAAAGCCCUGCUAGCUGCCGGAGCCAACCCCAACUUUUUCGGUAAUAACGAGACGUUGCUCUUCGCCUCGAUCAGUUCCGCUUUCAGCGAAAUCCACCGGGUGUACUUCGUUCGCUGCUUGAAUCUGGUGCGAAGGUCAAUGCUGCGAAUGAGGACAGCGAUACCCCCUUGCACGCGGCAGCGAAUUGCCACCCCUGGGCGGUGGAUGCACUGGUCAGACUUGGGGCGAAGGUCGUGCCCGACUCGAAUGGCCGGACCCCCCUGCAUGCCGCCUGCAGCUUCCACAACCUGAAGACCGUGGCUACCGUGCUGAGGCACGGGCCGGCCAUCAACACACUAGAUCAGAACGGCAACACCCCGUUGCACAUGGCAGUGAGAGCGGAAGCGGGCGACAA